AUGGACCUCGAUCGUCGUCUAAACUACACGGUGAUGAAAUGUAGCUUUCGCUUCUUGUCAAACCAAUCAGAGAACAGUCGCCUUGACUGCUCUAGUCCGAGGGACAGUGAAUAUUUGUUGUUAGGGCAUCUUUUUGUCGACAUGCUUGUUGGCAUAAGCGAUGUGAAGAAGUGGGACGGAAAAUGGGGUGUGUGCCGAGGAGCGCUAUGCUCAAUGUUGGUUGACCCGGUUAUGCUCGAGGCGGCCUCCGGGCUUUUAAGCGUCGUUUUGCGUCGGAACCACCCUACAAGUCUCAUCUUCGACUGUCCAUACAAGGGGGGGGAACACAACAGCGACGCUAACAAUUUGAUCUUCUUUCAUAUUAUUUAUAAUUAUUGCACUUCUUCGAGUUCACAUCACAUGCAAGCCUUCACUUUUUCCAUUUCAUGCGAUGGUGACCUUACGUCGAGCCCCAUUUUGACACGAAACCAAUGGCCUACUCAAACCACUCACACCAUCAAUCGCAUAGCAUUUCCAUUGCCGUUUUUUGCUGUAUGCAAUGCUCAGCUGCUGGGUGCCCCAGCAGACGCGACCUGUGGCGCCGGCUUUAUCAGCCCUCACGAUUACAACGGAAUUGCUUGCAUGGCCGUGCUUCGACGAGAAGAAUAUUUUGCCUACUUUUCCUGCAUUCCACCCUCCCAGCAUGCCCCACUGUCACCAUCCAAACCCAUUUCAACCCCGUCCUGCCCAUUCUGUGAUCUGACUCCACUUCAGUGCUGA